AUGCCCUCGUGGUUCCUUCCUCGUGUGGCGAGGAGGGGAGUCGGGCCCGUACACGCCAUGCCAACCAAGCAGAAAAAAGCUGGACGGAUUAGCACCAGCGACAAAGCGCGCCACCAAACAACCAACGACGCACACUGUCAGCAGCCCACUUCCCCGUCUUCCACACCCAAUCCCAUCCCAUCUCGUCCCCAUCCGAUCCGGCGGACCGCAACAGAUUUAACAGCCAGCCAGCCAGCCGCCAAUGCCCCCCGGCUCCCACCCGUGAUGGCGCGCACAGCACUCAUCUCCAGCACCGGGGCCGCCGCAUCCUCCUCAUCCCCCUCUCCUCGCGCGCGUAUAUAUACCCGCGCGCCCUCUUCCUCUUCCCGCCCACCGCUCCUCGCCUCUCCGCCCCUCCGCCUCCUCCCCGAUCCCCAAUCCAGUCCUCGUCGGUGUUCGAUUAAGACUCUUGCGGCGGUCAAGGGGGCGUCGUUGUCCGGCCGGCGGAGCGCGAGGGAGGAGAAAGAAGAGAUGACGAUCGAGUCGUCCGUGAGGCUCGCCGGCGGGGAGCUGUCGGUCGGCGGGCGGACGGUGCUGUCCGGCGUGCCGGACGCGGUGUCGGCGUCGCCCGCGGCGGCCCGGGGCCCCGUCGACGGCGUCUUCCUCGGCGCCGACCUCGCCGGCCCGGCCUCCCGCCACGUCGUCUCCCUCGGCGCCAUGAGGGGCGUGCGGUUCAUGGCGUGCUUCCGGUUCAAGAUGUGGUGGAUGGCGCAGAGGAUGGGCGACAAGGGCGGCGACGUCCCGCACGAGACGCAGUUCCUGCUGGUCGAGUCGAGGGCCCCCGGCACCGGCUGGGAGGAGGAAGAGACGUCGUACGUCGUGUUCCUCCCGCUCGUGGAGGGCGCGUUCCGGGCCAGCCUCCAGGGCGGCGGCGCGGGCGGCGACGAGCUCCAGCUCUGCGUCGAGAGCGGCGACGCCGGCACGCUCGCCAGUUCCUUCGACCGCGCGCUCUUCGUGGGCGCCGCGGACUCCGACCCUUUCGCCGCCAUCGCCGGCGCCGUCGCGGCCGUCAGGUCCUGCCUCGGGACCUUCCGCCCGCGCGCCGAGAAGAAGCUCCCCGCGAUCGUUGACUACUUCGGGUGGUGCACGUGGGACGCCUUCUACCAGGACGUCACCCAGGAGGGCGUCGAGGCCGGGCUCCAGAGCCUCGCCGCCGGCGGAGCGCCGCCCAAGUUCGUCAUCAUCGACGACGGCUGGCAGUCGGUCGGCACCGACAAACAGAGCCCCGACGUGGACUCUGUGGGCGAGGCCGGCAAGUCGCCGCCCCUUCCCCGGCUCACCGGCAUCAAGGAGAACAGCAAGUUCCAGAGCGGCGACGACCCGGCCACCGCCACGGGCAUCGAGACGCUGGUGCGCGCGGCGAAGGAGAAGUACGGGCUCAAGUACGUGUACGUCUGGCACGCCAUCACCGGCUACUGGGGCGGCGUGCGGCCGGGCGUCGCCGGGAUGGAGGCCUACCGCUCCACCAUGCAGUUCCCCAAGAUCUCGCCGGGCGUGGCGGAGAACGAGCCCAACAUGAAGACCGACGUGCUCACCCUGCAGGGGCUCGGCCUCGUGCACCCGCAGGCCGUGCACCGCUUCUACGACGAGCUCCACGCGUACCUCGCCGCCGCCGGCGUCGACGGCGUCAAGGUGGACGUGCAGUGCGUCCUCGAGACGCUCGGCGCCGGCCACGGCGGCCGCGUGCAGCUCACCAAGGAGUACCACCGCGCGCUCGACGCCUCCGUCGCCAAGAACUUCCCGGACAACGGCAUCAUCGCCUGCAUGAGCCACAACACCGACGCCCUCUACUGCUCGAAGCAGACGGCGGUGGUGAGAGCGUCAGACGAUUUCUUCCCGAGGGAGGCGGUGUCGCACACGAUCCACAUCGCGGCGGUGGCCUACAACAGCGUGUUCCUCGGCGAGUUCAUGCUCCCGGACUGGGACAUGUUCCACUCCCUGCACCCCGCCGGCGACUACCACGGCUCGGCGCGCGCCAUCAGCGGCGGGCCCGUGUACGUCAGCGACGCGCCGGGGAAGCACGACUUCGAGCUGCUGAGGAAGAUGGUGCUGCCGGACGGCACCGUGCUGCGCGCGCGGCUGCCGGGCCGGCCGACCAAGGACUGCCUGUUCGCGGACCCGGCGCGCGACGGCGCCACCCUGCUCAAGAUCUGGAACAUGAACAGGUUCACGGGCGUGCUCGGCGUGUACAACUGCCAGGGCGCGGCGUGGAGCUCCGCGGAGAAGAAGAACGUCUUCCACCAGGAGGCCGGCGCCGGCGCGCUGACCUGCGGCGUCAGGAGCCGCGACGUCCACCUCAUCGCCGAGGCGGCGACGGACGGCGGCGACGGGUGGGGCGGCGACUGCGCCGUGUACCGCCACGGCGCCGGCGACCUCGUGGUGCUCCCCGACGGCGCGGGGCUGCCCGUGUCCCUCAAGGUCCUUGAGCACGACGUCCUCACCGUGUCGCCGAUCAAGGAUUUGGCGGCCGGGUUGAGGUUCGCGCCGGUGGGCCUCGUGGACAUGUUCAACGGCGGCGCGGCGGUGGAAGGCCUGACCUACAGCCUCCUUGCCGACGGCGACGAGGCGGUCGGGCUGGUGAGCAUGGAAGUGCGAGGGCGCGGGAGGUUGGGCGCCUACUCGUCGGUUCGGCCGAGGAGUUGCACGCUGGGCUCAGCCCCGGCGGAGUUCUCUUACGACGCCUCCUCCGGCAUGGUGAUCCUCGAGCUCGAGUCCAUGCCAUUGCCCAAGGAAAGGGUUCACAAGAUCGCCAUUGAGCUGUAG